CUGUGGAACCCACUGAACCGCAGGUCCCCACCUCAGUUGGCCCAUGCCUCACCCUGUCCCUCCCUCCCAGGGCAGGGUCCAAUAGACCCAUAUAGCUGCAGGAAGCCCAGUCGGAGACCAGAGCAGGGACAAGGACCGACAGCGGAGGCACACCUGGAGCAGAGCACGCAGAAUGACGGGUCAAGAGGCCCUGCUGCUUGGCUGGGCCAUGGCUGGGAUCCUGGCACUGCAGACCCUGGCAGCAGCUGAGCACUCACAGUGGUCUCUAGGCAGCAAGGCUGGGGUGUUCGCGGACCUGAGCGCAGAGGAGCUGAAGGCCGUGCACAACUUCCUUUGGUCCCAGAGGGAGCUGGCACUGCAGCCUGCCAAAGCCCCAACCAUGGCCAAGAACUCCAUCUUCCUCAUUGAGAUGCUGCUGCCCAAGAAGCAACACGUGCUGAAGUUUCUGGACAACGGUGAAAGUCGUCCUGCCCGGGAAGCCCAUGUUGUCAUCUUUUUUGGAGCCCAGGAGAAGCCCAACAUCACUGAGUUUGCAGUGGGACCCCUGCCAUACCCCCACUAUAUGCGAGUACUGUCCCCUAGGCACAGGCACCACCCUUCCUGGGCGUCCAGGCCUGUCUCCACCACUGAGUACGUCCUCCUGAACCACAUGCUACAGGAAGCCACGAAGCCCCUGCACCAGUUCUUCCUCAAUACCACAGGCUUCUCCUUCCGAGAUUGCGGAGACCGGUGCCUGACCUUUACCGAUGUGGCCCCCCGAGGCCUGGCUUCUGGCCAGCGCCGAAGCUGGCUUAUCCUGCAGCGAGAAGUGGAAGGCUAUUUCUUACACCCCACUGGGAUGGAGCUACUUGUGGACCAUGGGAGCCAAGAUGCCAAUGACUGGGUGGUAGAGCAGGUCUGGUACAAUGGGAAGUUCUACAGGAGCCCAGAAGAACUAGCCCGCAAGUAUGGCAACGGAGAGGUGGAUGUGGUGGUUUUGGAGGACCCACCACCCUCUGGCAGCGAGGAGCCCCCAGUCUUCUCUUCCUACAGGCCCCGUGGGGCCUUCUCCACACCCACCACUGUGAAUGGGCCCCGCCUGGUCCAGCCCGAAGGCCACCGCUACCAGCUAGAGGGCAAUGCAGUGCUCUAUGGGGACUGGAGCUUCGCCUUCCGGCUGCGCUCCUCGUCGGGGCUGCAGAUCUUGGACGUGCGCUUCGGAGGAGAGCGUGUCGCCUAUGAGGUGAGUGUGCAGGAGGCAGCGGCUCUAUAUGGAGGACACACGCCAGCAGGCAUGCAGACCAAAUACAUGGACAUGGGCUGGGGCAUGGGCAGCGUCACACAUGAGCUAGCCCCUGGCAUUGACUGCCCGGAGACCGCCACCUUCCUGCACGCCCUCCACUAUUACGAUGCUGAUGGCCCUGUAUACUACCCCCGGGCCCUCUGCCUCUUCGAGAUGCCCACGGGGGUGCCCCUUCGGCGGCACUUUGAUUUCAACUCCAACGGAGGCUUCAACUUCUAUGGAGGGCUGAAGGGCCAGGUGCUGGUGCUGCGAACCACUUCCACAGUCUACAAUUAUGAUUACAUUUGGGACUUCAUCUUCUACCCCAAUGGAGUAAUGGAGGCCAAGAUGCAUGCCACUGGCUAUAUCCACGCCACUUUCUACACGCCUGAGGGGUUGCACCACGGCAUGCGCCUGCACACCCACCUACUUGGCAACAUGCACACCCACCUGAUGCAUUACCGCAUAGACCUGGACGUGGCAGGCACCAAAAAUAGCUUCCAGACGCUAGAGAUGAAGCUACAAAACAUCACUAACCCCUGGAGCCCAGGACACCGCCUGGUGCAGCCCACUCUGGAGCAAACGCAGUUCCACCAGGAGCGCCAGGCUGCCUUUCACUUUGGGCGGGCCCUGCCCGAGUACCUGCUCUUCACCAGCCCCAAGAAGAACACCUGGGGCCACCAACGCAGCUACCGCGUGCAGAUCCAUUCCAUGGCCAGCCAAGUGCUGCCCCAGGGCUGGCAGGAGGAGAAGGCUGUCACCUGGGCCAGGUACCCACUAGCAGUGACCAAGUAUCGGGAGUUGGAGCUGUACAGCAGCAGCAUCUACAACCAGAAUGACCCCUGGGACCCACCUGUGGUCUUUGAGGAAUUUCUUCAAAACAACGAGAACAUUGAAAAUGAGGACCUAGUGGCCUGGGUGACAGUGGGUUUCCUCCACAUCCCCCACUCAGAGGACAUCCCUAACACGGCCACACCUGGAAACUCUGUGGGCUUCCUGUUGAGGCCCUUCAACUUCUUCCCAGAGGACCCGUCCUUGGCGUCCAAAGACACUGUGAUCGUGCGGCCCCAGGAUGGAGGCCCCAACCAUGUCCAGCGCUGGGUUCCCGAGGAGGCGAGGGGCUGUUGGAUGCCUCCCCCUUUUAGCUACAAUGGAACCUACAGGCCUGUGUGAAGGGCCCCUGACCCACCUCCCACCAGGGAACCUUCAUCCUUAGGAUUGACAAUAAACACUUUUGA